UGCACGAGUGCUAGAACGGGUGAUGGCUGGAUCUCAAAGGCCUGGAGUGCCACACAGUCCAUCCCGUUGUAUGUACUCCCGAGAGAAAGGUCGUUUCGAGAAGCCAAGGAAUCCCGUUUAGUAGUGCGUAUCAGGACUGAGAUGCUAGCAGGGGAUCAAUCCCAUUGGGGGUGAGUGGCCCCCUGUGAGACAGGACUCCCCAUAAGCUUUUCCUGCGCAUUCCAUGCUGCAAGGAGGUCUACUGGCUUACAUCUAAUCGCACGCAGCUCAGAGCCAAAGAGAGCACGACCAAAGAGAACACUAGAAAACGCAGGAGAUCCGACAAAGUGGAAGCCUACGAAAAGAAAAACGCGUUCCUUCGCAGAGAGUCCGGAACCGAGCACGCCGCUGUGCAGUUUUCCGGUGCCUGCCGACAGAGCAGCGCACGCCCAAGAUCCGCGCGGAUGCCAGAAGGGAGGAAUAUUCGAGCAGGCGUUCCAGGGGUUCAUAGUGGUAGUGUAAAGCUUGAGCUGAGAAUUUCAGCGUGAGUUUGACCCGGGAUCACGCGGUUUCAGCAUGUUGCUUCUGACGUUGGAAUGGCGCGCCUGGCUGCUAUUCGCCUUGUCGGUCUGUGGGUCUUAGGCUGGAACGAGUGCAAGAUUACGUUUUUUUUCAACUGAAGGCGGGAAACCCUACCCUUACGCUUUCUCCGUUCUGCUCUCGUUUCGUCCUUCUUCCUCUCCUGCGCUUUGACCCUUCUUUCGUCACAUUCAGACCUGAAUGGCGACCGACCGGCCAAGAGUUGGACAGGUCCUAAUGCCGACUCGUCUCCUCACAGGCUUCGUUACACGGGAACACCCGCCAGGAACCCUUCGCCUCUCUUGCUCCCGCGAGUCGAUUUUGCGCCUUCUUGGUUUUCGUCUGCGUGCAGGUCACGUGAUUGGACUGUUUGGCGUACCUCCGGCACUGAUCACGGAACUGCAAAAUCCAUCGCGAGUCUUGGAGGCACACACCUUCUUGCAAACGGAAGAUGCGACCCGCCCACCCUCCCAGUCCACUGAGGCCUUGCUGGGUGUCUCCGGGCCGGUCCAGUGUCUCCCCGUGGGAACUACAGUGGUUUGGAGACUCGGGAAGAACAACUACCCUGUCUACGUCAAGGACAGUCUUGUGAACACCAAUAGAGAAUUCGACUACGGCAGCUUUAGGUACAGGCACACACUACGGCGCUUACGACUGCUUCCCGGCUAAAAACCCAGUUUCUCUGAAAGCACUUCUCUUUUCGCCGUUAGUAUGAUCUUAGACUAAAACCCAUGUUCGACCGCGACGCCUGAGUGGAGCUUUUCCACCGUCGGGUCGCACUCACCUUUGCCAAGGACGUUGCUGCAGAAAGGAAACGCCGAGUCGUUCCUUUUGCCUCCGUCAACUCACUCUUCGUUCUGGGCCUUCAUUCCAUAGUCGGGACGCCAGUGUCAGAUGCGCCUUCGCGCUUUCACUGGACACGUAUAUUUUCAUCACUGGUUGCGGGUGUGUUGGCCACGGGGACAUAGAACAGAGUACCAAGUUUCUUGCCUGGAAUCUUGUUAAGCUCCGUACAGGUGUAGGUAAAAGGUAUGUUGGAGACGCCUCCCUGGGUGUUUCACUGCCUAGUCAUUGUCUACUGUUCCAGAUAUCAAGGAAUGUGCGCGUAACCUAACUACAACGCUGUAGGCCGAAGACGCCGAUCACUUGGUACAGUUAACUGUGUAGCAGGGAGUGUGGUCUGAUAUUUUGCUCAGCCAUUCCACUCGGCUGGUUCGAGCUGUGGGAGUCCUGAACCCCCCAAAUGAAGUUCAGCUUCAUGCUCCUUUUGCUCGUUGUGCUGCGAGCGUGUGAGCGCCGUUCUGCGUGUGUCAGUAGCUAUUCGCUGCAAACGUCGUCACGAUUUCCAGAGGACGCAAACUCCGCUAUCAAAAUCGUGUGUAUGGUUCUGUUGUUUCUUCAUCUAGGCAGCGAAUGGAGGAGACUUCGUGAAUGGCGUUGACUUCUUGUCAAUGUGAGAAAGGGAGCUUCCGAGACGGAGCUCACCAUCCUUCAUGUUCACGGGACCUCCGCAUUUUGGCCUGAAACUGGAGGUUCGUGCUGGUGUGAGUAUUCCUUUCUGUCUUGCGCUCCCUUGGGUUGUCAGACAACUGGCUUGGGAGGUCAAAGCCGGGGUUGAGUACGUCCUUUUCGCGUACACGUUUAAGGACCCCGGCGUUUACGUCUUCGCCUCGAGUCAGGAUCCGAAGCAGUUCUCCAUUCUCCGCUUCCUCGAUGAGAAGUUGAAGUGCAGAGAGAGUGCAACGUCGCCGCGGCGACGCACCCGCGAGAGUCUCGCUGCUGUCGGUAUUCGCCUAGCUCCGGACAUCUACGAGGCGGCGGACUGGGGAUCAUUGCUGAGGCUUCUCAUUGCUGCUGUGGUCCUGAUUGCCCUGCUUCUUCUCCUCGGCUGGGCUUUGAAGGCGCACGGACUGGAGCUCGACGUUGAAGACGCCGCGUUCGUGCCGUACAGACAACGCCACUUAUUCUUCCAGCUGCCGGGCCUUCUCCGCCCUCAGAAGGGAUCUGUCGGCUUCGAGGCGGAGGAAGCGCACAAAGAGAGAGCACGAGAAGGCGCUCUCCAACUGCUGAAGGAUGUGGACCCGCGAAUUGUGACAGGAAGCUUGGCAAUGAUUUCCAAAACGUCCGAGUACGUGACGCAGCUCGCGCAGAUGCUCCGGGAGAAACGCGCAGAGACGGAGACAGAACUGCGCACGCUCAUGCAGAAGAUGAGCACGGAAAUAAUGAAAGAGUUCGGGGACUUUUUCUCAAACCAGGCUUGGAUGGCGUCGGACACACAGAAUCAAGAAUGCGUGGAGCAAAUUCUGAAGUAUCUUCGCAUGCCGAGGAGACUGCUUGUCCAGGAGAUGGCUAAGGCGCAGGAAGCUCGAGAGGCCGAAGUUGACGCCCUUGAGACUGGUGAACCAAAGAGCGUGGAAGCGACGCGACGCCGGAGCACAUUUCUGCCCGUCGCAGAAGAGACGCCGGAACGGGUCCUCGACCUUCAAGCGAAGUUUGGAAGCUUCCUCGGAUCCUUUUUGCGUGAAAGCCUUCAAGAUGCAAGCAACAUGCUCAGCACUCUGUGUGCGACUCUCUGGCAGCAGCGUUACUCCGAGGCCAGCAAUCUGAGGAGCUUUCUGAGGUCGCGCGACAGCUCUCUUGCCUCAGCUGUGAACGAAAUUCUCUCCUGCCACGUGACUCUGCAAGGUGCCGUGAGGAGAGGAGAAAAGACGGCCGUUCGCGCGUGUGCGAACAUGGACGCGACGCUCUUUGCAGUUGUGAAGGAGGCGAACACAAAACUUGUCGCAGCUUCAGCGAGAGAACGCGAACUCGAUCAGGCAGCCCUUCAGACGGUCGCUUCGCUUCUCCGAGGUUGGGUACAGCAGCAGACUGCCGCAAUCGAAGAAAAGGCAAACAACGCGCGGACUGCUGCCAUUCACGAUCUGUCGACUUCCCACGAAAGGGAGAGAAGAUGCUUGAUGGAGUUGAUGGAGGCCAAGCGAGUCGCUCUGCUUGAAGCGCUUUCGGAGAGGCAAGACGCCGAGGUGAAGGCCACAGAAGAAAGACUCCGGUGGGAGUACGAAACAGAAACGGGGCACAGUGCUCAAGACAGCAACGGCUCGCUUCGAGACAUGCUGGAACUGGAACUCGGACAUCUGCGCGCCUCACAGGCGGAGAAGACACGCGCAACUUCUGAGCAACUCGCUGAGCUCGUCGAAGCUCGUUUCCAGGCACUACUCCAUCGUCAGGCGAAGGAAAAAGAGAAAGAGGAAUUGCAAGUGGACGAACACAAACACUGCCUUCUAUUUGAAGUUUUUGCGGCCACUCAGGCCACUCGGACUCUCUCAGAGCAAGCGUCCCAACGCCACAUUCAGAGAAUGCUGGCUGAGGAAUCCGUGGAUCCCGAGUAUUCGAAAUCUGUUGGAAGCUUCGGACGCGUCCUCAGGGCAAAUCUGGCGGGAGCCUUAAGAGUCUCAAAUGCGGAAACUGAGUCCGGCUUCGAUCGCUCUCGCCAGCUGAUUCGUAAGAAAGUUCGAGAACUCAUUGAGACGGCAGAGGCGAAACUCACUGUCAAGGACGAACGCGAAUUCUCGGCAAUGAAGGACAAAUACAAAGCAGGCUUGAAGAAGUGCCUCAGUGCAGGAGAUGCGGGCCUCAACCGAGUCAUUUCGAGCCUUGAACGAGCUGAAGAUGCGGAAGUGGAGGCAGAGCGGAGACUCGAACUUUUUAUUCGAGACCAGCUGAUUCUUGGGGAACGUGCGAAACUUGACCGCGGCGUUGACGAAGACAUGCGGCGAUUCGAACGAGCUCUCACGCGUGAAGAAAGUCACGAGAGGGAGGCCGACGAGACAGCCCGGGCGGUGUGGCGCGACCAGCUGACGAUGGAAAGAAAGAGGCUUGUCGAUGCGGCAGAGAGAAGUCUGGAUAGCAGACGCCGGGUCCUGGAGGCUAUCGUGGCGGAGCACGAAAAACAGCGAGAAAAACAGAGAGGACGACAAAAAAGAAUGGAGGCGGAGAAGAGGCGCUUGACGGAAAUGUAUUUGAUUCGACGAAUGACAUUCAUUACGACUGAACUCUGGACCUGUCUGAAGGCCACAAAACAGCUGGAGGCGCAGGGAGCUUCGCUCACUGAGGAUUCGUUUCCGCGUCUGAGGAUCGGGAGUUCUCUGAAGGAACGCGUAUCUGCACUCAAGGCUUGGCACGGCGAGGGGAACGCUCUCGACGAAGAUUUGAGUCAAAGGAUGCACGGCUGGAAACAGCAAGCAGAGAGACAACGACAAACACGCGAAACGAGUCUCACUGUUCUUCUCGGAAGCGAGGUCGAAAGCGAGCAGGAGAAGGCGAAGGCAGCGGGAGAGGAAGAAACGUUCGCAGUUGAAAUGCAAGACAAAUCUAUACCGUUUCCUCUCAGAACUCCCGAAGAGCUGGGGUUCACCAAAGAACCUACGGAUCUGGAAAUCGAAAGUCAGAGGCUCCAGGAAAAGUUGAAAGCUGCAGUUCAAAGUGCGCUCGAGGACAAGGAACAUCUCAUCGGGGAGAUUCAGCGGCAGCAGCAGGAAGUGGAAAUGCGUCUGUGUGAAGAGACGAAGAUGCGACAGGAAGCGUGGACACAGAAACUGCAGACGAGAGAACGUCUGUAUGAGGAAGACGGAUUAGAGGCGGUGAGAGCAAGACAUCUUGAAGAGCUGACGGCGUUCGAGCAACUGCGGAGUGAAGAAAUGGCCUUUGCGCUGUGUCAAGCAAAGGCGGACUACAUGCACCGUCACCCUCGAGAUGAUGCUGCUUCUGAAGAAGACCAGCGAAGAUAUUGGGAAGGGCUGCAGGCGGAACUUUCCAAUGUGCGGCAAGAGCUGAAGGAAAAGCAUGAAUUCACUCUGAAGAAACUGAAGGAGAAGCACGCCUCGGAGUUGGGUCAUGGCCCUGAAGAACUGUCGACUUCGCCGCAGAGAGAAGACGGCAUUGCAGAAAUGCGCGAGACGGCACAAAGACUGGAGAGAGAAGCUGCAGCAGAAGACGAGGAGAGGCGGCGACGACGCCAAGAGGUGGCAGACGAGAAUCGGCGCAGGUUCCAGGCGACGCUAGAGAAGAAGGAGAAGGAGCUCGAGGCAGAAAUGAAGAGGAAAGAAGACGCCCUUCAGUCCGAUCUUGCGGAACAAGAGGAGACGCUGCGGCGUCGGGCAGAGGAGAGAGACGCGCAGAGGAAGCGAGUUGCGGAGGAGAAGGCGCGGAGACUGAAACAGAGCCUGUUGGUGGGCAAGCAGUCGCAGCGAGAGCUGGAAAGCGUGGAGCAGACGCUGCGAAAGUUCCACGAGGAAAAAGCGGCGCUCGAGAACGCCCUCGAUGAGGAGGCGAGGCGGCAGGGUGACGCAGUCGUCGCCAGAGUGUCGCGAAAAAAGCUGGAAAGAAGGAGGAAGGACCGCGAAAGAAGAGAUGCAGAGAAAAAACGGUUCUUCGCGAAGCAAGAAGAAAUCUCAAAGAUACUCAGAGAAAGGGAACGGCAGAAAGAGUUGGCGGCUGCUCGCGCAAAGCAAGCAGCCAAGGAAAGAGAGGAGGAAUUGAAGAGAAGAGAGCAGCGUGCGAAGGAGCUGCAAGAAGAGCAGCAGUGGCUACCUCUUGUACGACAGCUCGCUGCCGAGGAACAGGCUGCGGGCCUUUUUGACUCGCUCGACGAGAGUGGACGACCUACAGAAUGGAAGAGUUCCGUUAUGAAGAGCAUCGUGGAGGCGAACGCGACGCUGCGCCGCACAGAGCCCUUCGUUAAGAUUUUCUUGUCUCAGCUUCGGGCAUCGGAACGACUCAUGAGUCUGUUGUCAAAACCUGGGAAAGAAGCCUCGAGAGUCACCAAAAAACUCGAUGCAGUUGAGGUGCAGAAGAAAACUGAAGAAGACGACAGUUCCAGUGGCAGCAGCGACACCAGCAGUGAAAGUGACACUAGCAGUAGCGACGCCAGCAGUAGCAGCGAAGGAGAAAGUACCGGAAGCAGUGACAGUGGUAGCAGCAGUGACAGUGAAAGUGGUAGUAGCAGCAGUGAAAGUAGAAGCAACAAAAGCAGCGUCAGCGAAAGCAGCCGCAGUAGCAGUGAGAGUGCCAGCAGCAGCAGCAGUAGCAGUGAGAAUGACAGCCGUAGCAGUGAGAGUGCCAGCAGCAGUAGCAGUGAGAGUGCCAGCAGCAGUGGGAGGGAUAACAGCAAGAGCAGCAGUAAUGAGAGUGAUAGUAGCAAGAGCAGGCAGGAUAGGAGCAAAGGUGGUAGUCGCAGGAAUUCAAGUAGAAGCCGAAAUGGCUCGAGUACUAGCUCCAGCAGUAGCAGCGAGAGUUUAACUUCGAGCUCCGGAUCGAGUUCGACUUCGAGUUUAACUGAGAGAUCAGGGGACAACGAAAUGGACCAGGUUAAGAGGGAGCCGGACGGCGACGGUGGCAAAAGUUCCAGUAGAGAGAGCGAGAGCGAAGACAGCGAGACAGAAGCUAGGGAGAAACCCGGUGAUGGUAGUGCAACAAAAGAGAAACAGUCAGAAUCUGGAAGCUCUUCCAGCGAGGAGUCUGCUUCGGCCUCAAAAAAAAUAUCUGCCUCGGCAGUCAACAAGCAGCGAAACUCUUCAUCGAAACAAACAGGUGUUUCUAAUUCAAGCAGUAGCGACGAUUCGGCGACCUCCUCACCUUUGUCCAAUGCAGGGUCUUCCAGAAGAAAGUCCGGAUCCAACUCCCAGUCACCCUCGGGUUCUAGUAGCGACGGGGAGUGA